CAUUAGUGACUUUUAGCCGGAAGCCAGUGCAGCCAACAUAUGUUGACAGCUGAAAUCCCUCAACAUAACCUUUUCCUUGUUAUUCGUGAAGUUGACACAUCUGGUCCGCUCACAAUACCAAUAAGCUAACAAAAUGACCAACUCGAAGGGUUAUCGUCGUGGUACCAGGGACAUGUUCUCCCGUCCCUUCCGAAAGCACGGUACCAUUCCACUGUCCACCUACCUGAAGGUCUACAGAGCCGGAGACUACGUGGACAUUAAGGGUCAUGGUGCCGUCCACAAGGGUAUGCCCUACAAGGCGUAUCACGGUAAGACCGGCCGUGUGUACAACGUCACCAAGCACGCUCUCGGUGUCAUCGUGAACAAGCGCGUCCGCGGCAAGAUCCUAGCCAAGCGCAUCAACGUUCGCGUCGAACACGUCAAGCCAUCGCGUUGCCGUGAAGAUUUCCUGCGCCGUGUCAAGGAAAACGACGCGCUCCGCCACGAGCUGAAGCAGAAGAACCCGAAGGCCAAGAUCUGCCUGAAGCGCAAGCCACAUCCAACACGGGGCGAGCAGGUCAUCGUGAACCCACCAGAGCCAGUCUUCCUGGCUCCGAUCCCGUACGAGUUUGUUGCAUAAGAAGGGAAAACUUGAACGGCGAGGAGUGAGUGUACAUCUUUAAUAAAAACAAAUUUAAUUUAAAGGUAAA